UUCAAUUAAUGCAUGCCGCAGGCCAUACAGACUCCAUGUGAGAAUUCAAAACCUGCCUCCUCCUCCUCCUCUUCCUCCUGUGUCUGAGAAACCAGAUGGGGAAGAAGUUAGGCUUGAGCUCUCUCUUCUUCAGGCUUAGGGACACGCCAAGGCCUUCUUGCCACUCCUCUUCUCCUUCUCCUCCUCCUUCAUGGCCUUGGCCUUCCUGCAAGCACCCCAAGACCAGCUCCUUCCGUGAGGUGGAGGGCGACGCCACGUACAAGACUGUCAACUCGGUGUACGUCGAGUCCACCGAGUCGUGCUUCACCCGCUCGUCGGCGGAGCAGGAGAGCUUCUCCACGGUGUCGGACCGCUCCGGCGGUGGCUCGGUGGAGACCGUGGUGCGCGGGCUGCGGUCGGACCGGCUCUUCUUCGAGCCCGGCGGCGACACGAGCUCGAUACUGGAGGAGGCGAAGGCAGGCGUGUCGCCGUUCGAGGGCAGCGUCGUGCUGGCCAUGGAGUCGGAGGACCCCUACCGCGACUUCCGGCGGUCGAUGGAGGAGAUGGUGGCGGCUCAUGGGCUGAAUGACUGGGAGCGGCUCGAGGAGCUGCUGGUUUGGUAUCUAAAGGUCAACGGGAAGAAGACCCAUCGCUUCGUAGCUGCAGCCUUUGCGGAUUUGGUCCUAGGCCUUGCUUCACCUCGGCCUCCUCCGUCUUCUUCCUCAUCAUCUUCCAAUUCUUUUAAGAUCGAGGCAAUCAAAGAGGCGGAGAGAAUUUAAUUGGAAGAUAGAAGAAGCUUGUUGUCUCGAUGGACUCAGAUUCAGAGUUGUUCUGUCGUCGAAGAAGAAGAAGA